AUGGGUGCAUCAUGGGAAGUCCCCCAGCAGUUUAGGCCUAUAGCAGCAUCAGACGAUGAGAAAUCCUUCACAACAUCUGAUACUUUAAAGAUUCAUCAGAGAGUUCACACUGGAGAGAAUCUACACAGCUGUGAUCAAUGUGGAGCAGCUUUCACACUGAAGAGUAACCUAAUAAUACAUCAACGCAAUCACACCGAAGAGAAACCAUACCGGUGUGAUCAAUGUGGGAAAACCUAUACUAAUAGUUGGAGCAUUAAAUAUCACCAACGUGUUCACAACGGAGAGAAGCCAUACUCGUGUGAACACUGUGGGAAAACGUUUUCUGUGAGUAGUAGCCUUAAAUCUCACCGACGCAUUCACACUGGAGAGAAGCCUUACGGCUGCGAUCGAUGUGGUAAAACAUUUUCUGAAAGCAGUAGUCUUAAAUGUCACCAACGUAUUCACACCAAAGAGAAGCCGUACUUGUGUGAACAAUGUGGGAAAACGUUUUCUGUGAGUAGUGCCCUUAAAUCUCACCAGCGUGUUCACACUGGAGAGAAACCGUACCGGUGUGAUCAAUGUGGGAAAAUCUUUACUCACAAUAGUGCCUUUAAAGAUCACCAGCGUGUUCACACCGGAGAGAAGCCGCACUGGUGUGAACAAUGUGGGAAAAUGUUUGCUCGGAGUAGUUACCUUAAAAAACAUCAACGCAUUCACACUCGAGAGAAGCCAAAAUAAUAGGGGGGGGCUGCGCGGAGAGUAAGUGGAGAGAUCCAAACAGGCACGGCUUUACAGAUGAAA